GCCGUCAAUGAAAAUACCUGAUGAGGUCCUGAGACGAGAGAGAGAAUAAGAUAAACCGGUCGCCGAAUCGACUGAAACAUGAGGACACCCCUGACUGCCUGUUUUUGUAUAGCUUUGGUGUUUAUAUACCCAGCUCAUACGUCGGUCUCUGGCACUCCUGAAGACCUGGAGGGAUCAGGAUAUGACCUGGACAGUUCUGCGUCCGGUUCAGGGGAUUGGUUAGAAGAUGGGGAAGAUGAAGUAAACGAGGAAGUCCGAACUUUAACAGAAAUCCUGGACGAUGGAGCCAAGAAUCCCUCACAUGGUUCUUCUUUCAUGACCUUUGACAAAUCACAGUGGCCCCCAAAAGACAGCUACGUUAUUUUGGCCAACAGGAAAAGUCUUUUGGAGAACCAAGAAGUCGUUGGCGGAGUUAUUGCAGGAGGAGUAACCGGAUUGAUACUUGCAGCUACAGUGGCAGCCGUAUUGAUCUACAAAUGGUGGAAGAAAGAUGAUGAAAGAUACACUCUGGGCCAGCAUAGAGCUUCAGACGAAUAUUAUCACAGACAGAGCAGAGAUGAAAUCGUUGUUGUUUGAAUGUUAACAAAACAUUCACAUCAUGUUUUUUUAAUGCCAUCAUCUCACAUACCGGAAGCUACUGUGGGAGGUGGUUGCAUGGGGAAUAGCAGUUAUUGUAGCACUUAAUUCACUGUAUAUGCUGUUGCUCUUUAAUCAUUUAUUUAUAGUUGCAGACUAUGAAAGAUUAUUUUAUAUAACUAUUCUUUUACAAAGCUUUCAUGUGAGGCUUUGACCUGGUAAGACCUCUUAUAGACUAUACGAGAGUGUACAAAUGGAAGACAUGAAUGUCACAGUUAACACAGGUUCAGUGAAUCAAAUGAAUGAUGGCCGCAUUCCUUUUAGCUGUUGUAGGCACUGUCACACCGUCACACAUAAUAGGACACUGAAAUGGAACAGAGAACUGUGAAUGUAAGCAGAAACACCUUAACUACUCUGUUAAGAAAACUCUCUGCUGCACAAAAAGCCUUUUAGCGUACCUUUUUGGUGGCUCCCACAACUAUAUAUUUACAUGUGUUGGAUCCACUGUGUUGAGCAGAAAACCUCAGUGUUCACCUCUAAAUGUUUGGCUUAAUGACCCAUGUGAUAUAUGAAUGAAGAAUCAAAACUCGUUUGGGGUUGUGAAUAUAAAUAAUGAUUUGGUAAGGAUGAUAGAGCUGCUAACAUGUAAUAUGUUAUUUUGUCAAGAUGUGAAAUAAUCACUAUUUUUAUAGUCUUUAAUUUUUAAUAAAUUAUUACUGUUUAAAUCCUUAAUAUAUUGUUAUUUUGUAGCGGCAUUAUAUUGUAAAUAUUGUCUGUUUAAACUUAUUUAAGACAAUGAGAGAUCAUUAUGUAGCCUACAUAUUAAUACACAGUUAUAUUCAAUAAAAGAUCAGUGCAGUACAGUGAUUUUUAUAUUCACACCAAACUGUUGAUGAAACUUGCUUGGAUCUAUUCUCCUGAUCUUUAUUCAUUGUUUCAUCCUCAUGACUCUGAUGAAGGCCACAAGCUGAAACCUGUCGGUCUAAUUUGUUAAUAAAAUUAAUCUUUGUGCUACAA